AUGCUCGGAUACAAGUGUCUAUACUCCAAAAAUCCCCGCUCCUUCCUCUUCUCCGUCGUCGCCAAUGUCGGCCCUCGUGGCUCCAGCCGGUCCCUAGCCGUGGCCUACCGCCAGGGCAACGACAGGGACAACUCAGCGUUAUCUCUGGCACGCGUGGAGCAUGUCGUGGCAGACACCCUGGCACGAAUCGAAAUCCUCUCGGACCCCGCGAGCCGCGCGGGGCUUGAGGCGGAGAGGGCGCUCGCGGAGGACUGGUAUCGUCGGUCUCAGGGGGGCAAUAAGAUCGAGAGUAGUGAGCGGCCUAGUAUUCCAGAUUCACCGCAGCCCCCUUUCGUCGUGCCUGAUGGCUCCCAGCGGUCGGAGAAGCCGCAAAUACUGCCCGAGCUGCCGUGGUAUGAUAACGCGCCUAGCGAGUUCCCCUUUACAACGGCGUGCCUUUUGCUAGGGUUGCUGCGCGAGGAUGGCAAUGCCAAUGCCACUAAUAGCAACAGCACGCGCCCUGGCGACGUCCAGCUCCAACCGCUAUCCACUGUGUUCCGUGGCGACUGCACCGAGUAUGGCCUUGUCGUUCUCGAUAUCUCCGACCUCGACAGCGGCGUCAAGUACGGCAUUGUUGGCUUCCCCGUGCGUUAUAUGGCCGAGGUUUCCUACCACAGUGAGGAGGGUGGCUGGGAUCCCGUUGAAGACCCCCCGCCUAAGAAGGAGCCUGACAUUGUACUCAUCAGCCCGCGGCCUCGACUGCCGUUGUCUAUUCUUCAGUGGCUACGCAAGUACUUCUACUAUCUGAACCUAGACGCGGGACCUAGCGUCCUGAGACUGGAGGAUAGGCCGCUUGUUGAUGCUGUAGCCUUGGACUGUACGUCUGUUUCCACGCCAUCUGUCCACCUAUAA